CAAGUGGGGGGCGUGCGCUCCGAGCGGGAAUGGCCCGUGGUGUGGGCGGUGGCCAAGGGUUCGUUUUGGAACAAAUGUAUCCUGGUACCCCUGGCCCUGCUUUUGGUGUGGUUGGCCCCUUGGCUGAUAACUCCAUUGCUGAUGCUGGGCGGGGCGUAUCUGUGUUUUGAGGGGGUAGAGAAAAUCGCCCAUAAACUCUUACACCCUGCGCAGGCGCAAGCCGAAGAGCUGGUCAACGAGGCCGAGAUCAUGAACGCCGUACAAGACCCCAGCGUAGACAUGCUGGCGCUGGAAAAAGAGAAAAUCAAAGGCGCUAUACGGACCGAUUUUAUCCUCUCGGCAGAAAUCAUCGUCAUCGCUUUAGGCACCAUAGCGGCAGAUUUGAGCAUAGGCACUAAAGCGGCGGUGCUGGCGGCGGUGGCCAUUGCUAUGACGGUGGGGGUGUACGGGGUGGUGGCCUUGAUUGUGAAAAUAGACGAUUUGGGUCUUUAUCUGAUGCAAAAGCGCCAGGCCUUGGUGCAGUGGCUGGGAGGGCUCUUACUCAAAGGCGCACCG